AUGCUGCGACGUCCUCCAGGCGAACGGAGGCGCGGCGCCAAUCAGCGGUCCAUCCUCGCUCUCGCUCUCCUCGCCAUCUCCUGCAUCCCGCUCGCCGACGCCCAACAACAACCACACCAACAACCCAUCGAAGCGAUUCACCGAGUUCAACGAGUCCAGCCCGCCGCUGGCAGCAGUCAACAUGAGAGAAUCCACGAUAUCCACCCCGAAGCCGCCCACUGGGCCGCAACACUCGAGGCCGACAAUGCUGUCGUGUCUCCGGGACGUAAAAGCACCGUGACGUCCUCGAAGCAACACCACCGUCGGAGCAACCCCGACAACAUUCUUAUUCCUAACGAUGCGAGCGCCGUCGCAACUUUGGCUCCGGCUCAGUCCGUCAGAGCACCAUCUCCUUCUGGACAUCGACCCAUUGUCUCCCGUGUCGGCGGGGCCUCUGGGAUCUCUACGCAGCACCAUGCGCGGAGUCUGAAGGACUGGGAAGUGGAAGACUUCGUCCUCUUGGCGACCGUCGAUGGACACCUCUACGCCAGCGAUCGAUCCACCGCUCGCGAACGCUGGCAUCUCGAGGUCGACCAGUCCAUGAUCGAAACAAAACACUACCGCCUCAACGCCUCCGAUCUCGACGACGACUACAACUUCAUCGAUCAUUAUGUUUGGGCCAUCGAGCCGAACCGCGACGGAGACAUAUACUACUGGGUCCCUGGCGCCAGCGAGCCCAGGCUGCUGUCUACCGGCCUGACCAUGAAGCAGAUGGUCGACGAGGGCGCCUCGGCCCUGGAGAACCCACCAAUCGUUUACACUGGUACCAAGAAGACCACCAUGAUCACCCUCGACGCCGCCACCGGCCGCGUACUCAAAUGGUUCGGAUCUGGCGGAUCUCAUGUCAACGAGGCUGAAAGCUGUCUGCGUCCCAAUGCCUUGUACGACCAGAACAACGAGGAGUGCAGCUCCACAGGCACCAUUACCCUUGGCCGCACCGAGUACGAGGUCGGCAUUGCCCGCAAAGACGGCCGCCCGAUUGCGACCCUCAAGUACUUUGACUGGACCCCUAACACGAAUGACUGGGACCUCUUGAACCAGUAUCAUCAAUCCAUCGACAAUCGUUACCACACGACGCGACACGAUGGGCGAGUCUACGGUCUCGAUUACAACAGAGUCAACUUCGAGCAUGACCGACCUGAAGAAGGACUCUUCUGCAACGAAAAGUUCCCAGCGCCGGUAGUCAAGGUUUUCGACGUCUGCAGGCCCUGGGGAGUUCUUCCCGAGAGCAACCCCGACCUCAUUGUGUUGCCUCAGCCGGUUCCACCCGCCAAGGACGACAGUAUUGCUCGUGUCAGGAACCAGCGCAUCUUUGUCAACCAGACCGAGACCGGGAACUGGUACGCCCUCUCGGGGCGUUCAUACCCCCUCAUGGUGUUGGCUCCUACGGCAAAGACUUCUGAGCCAGACUGGCUCCAGCUGGGCCACCCGUGGGAGAAGAUGAACGAAACGCAACGCAUCAGGGCCAUGAUCGGCACCCACAACAUGGACGCUGUCCAUAAAGGAAAGAUUUACCAGACUCCUAGCCUGCCUGGCCGAGAAGAGGUGCCCGACGUGGAUCCCGAGAACGACUCGGUCCUGCCCACGUCUGUGCCUUUGCCCGAGGAACCCAUGGAGACGACCAUCGUUAAUAAGGUUAAGCAAAUCCCGCAGCAGGUCUCCAACAGCUUCAUCGAUUUCUUCUCGAAUCCUGUGCUAUUCCUUCUCAUCGGGUCUCUCCUGUUCCUCUACCACAAGGACCUGCGCCGUUGGUACAAGACCAAGACUACGAAAUGGUACAAGUGGGAGGAGGCUACAUCUGACACGGAGGACAACGGCGAAGUCACGCCGGAGCCCACGAUCCACGACAACGUGCCGCCCACAACAGAGGAACCCAAGGCCGUUCCCAAGAUUGAGGAGCCGGUGGCUGAGCCCAAGCCUGAGGCUGAGGCCGAGUCGGCUUCUGUUGACCCUGCAGCCCGUGAGGUGCCUCCACCUCUUGGUGCGACCGGAAACGCAGGCCAAGCAGAUGAUUCCUCUCAGCCUGCGACCGCGCCUCAGCAGGCUCUUAGUCCCAAUGACCAGUCGCUGACCCCUCCCGAGCCUGGCACGCCCGAGGUCAAGAAGAAGAAGCCGGCUCAUCGCGGCCGCCGUGGUGGUACCAAACAUCGCAAGGGCAAGAAGAGGGAAGAGGCAUCGCAGUCGCGUGAGGACGACCCGCCCCAGUCUGUCGAGGACGCCGUCAACAAAGCCAAGAAGCUCGGCGGACAAAUGACGCAGCUCGAGCCCGACGUCGUCACUGUGACGAAUGACAUGCAAGCCGUGAGCGGUCCCAUCAUUCGGAUGGGCAACAUCGAGGUCGACACCGACAACCAACUCGGCACUGGCAGCAACGGAACGCUUGUUUUCGCUGGCAAAUUUGACGGAAGAGAGGUUGCUGUUAAGCGUAUGCUUAUCCAGUUCUACGACAUUGCUUCACAGGAGACCAGGCUACUGCGAGAAAGUGACGACCAUCCCAAUGUCAUUCGUUACUACGCUCAACAGGUCCGGGAUGGCUUCUUGUACAUCGCUCUCGAGCGUUGCGCGGCCUCCCUCGCCGACGUCGUGGAGAAGCCCCACCAUUUUGGGAAGCUCGCUCAAGCGGGCAAGGCGGAUAUUCCCGGUGUUUUGUACCAAAUCACCAACGGCAUCAACCAUCUGCACCAGCUUCGCAUCGUCCAUCGCGAUCUCAAGCCCCAGAACAUUCUAGUCAAUGUCGACAAGCACGGCAGACCCCGCCUUCUUGUUUCCGAUUUCGGACUGUGUAAAAAGUUGGAAGGCGGGCAGUCGUCAUUUGGCGCAACGACGGGUCGCGCAGCUGGAACGUCAGGAUGGCGCGCGCCUGAGCUACUGCUUGACGAUGAUGCCAAUCACACCGCCAUGGUCGACAGCAUUAACAGUGGCUCUGGCUCGAUUCUUGUCGGCUCUGACAUGGUCUCUGGUCGGCGUGCUACUCGCUCCAUCGAUAUCUUCAGUCUGGGUCUGGUCUUCUUCUACGUCUUGACCAAUGGUCUUCAUCCAUUCGACUGCGGCGACCGGUACAUGAGGGAGGUGAACAUUCGGAAGGGCAACUUCAACUUGUCUCCUCUGGACUCGCUUGGCGACGCAGCCCCCGAGGCCAAGCACCUGAUAACGUGGAUGCUGAACGCCGACCCCAAGGAACGACCCACGGCGCGCGAUGUCUUGGCCCACCCCUUCUUCUGGCCUGCCAAAAAGAGACUGGCCUUCCUGUGUGACGUAUCGGACUCGUUCGAGAAGGAGCCCAGAGACCCGCCCAGUGACCAGUUGGCACACCUAGAGACGCUCGCCCCGGAGAUCACUAAGGGUGACUUCCUCCGCCAGUUGCCCCGCGAGUUUGUCGACUCCCUUGGCAAGCAGCGCAAGUACACUGGAUCGAGGAUGCUCGACCUGCUGCGUGCCUUGAGGAACAAGAAGAACCACUACGAGGACAUGUCUGAUAGUUUGAAGCGGGCUGUGGGCCCGUUGCCGGAGGGUUAUUUGUCGUUCUGGGCUGUCAGGUUCCCGAGACUGUUGAUCGACUGUUGGGAGGUUAUUUGGAGUGUGCAGUGGGAAACCCUGGAUCGCUUUAGGGAGUACUAUGAGCCUCAAGGUCUCUGA